AUGUCUCUGGCCAACGGUGCGCACCCGGCAGGAGCAGGGCCAGGUAAAGAUGAUGCUCUGGUACAGCUGCUCCUCUCUUCUUCCUCCACCACCACCUACUCCUCCUCCUCAAGCUCUUUCGAUCUCUUCUCUUCCUCCAAAUCUGUGGCGUACCUGACAAGUCUGACAACUCAACCGCUAGAGCAACUGCAACAGUCGCCCUCCGCAUUGCAUUCCACCCUCACAGCAUUGGAUCAACAACUGUCCAACCUGUGUUUGCAUCAAGUGCCCGCAUUCGUCACUCUGCGCUCCGCAUCUGACUCGGUGCAGAGGUGCAGUCAGACGAUGCAUCGAUCCACCGAAGAUCUGUUAAAUGCAUCCCUGCCCCUAUUAGAAAGGAGAGCGUUGGAUUUCAAGAAUGCGACGGAGGGGGCAGUAAAGCAUAGAAGACGAGCGAGGAACAUUAGCAAAUCAUUCGAUCGUCGAUUAAGAAAUCUGCUCGAAGCUGCCCCGUUGGUGGAGAGCUGCAUCAAGGCUGGUCUGAACCAGGAAGCCAUCGCGCUGGUCGGCAAGGUGCAAGAGUUGGCCGAGGGGGAGACGUGGGGAAGAGGAAAUGUGUUGCGGACGUUGCAUGAAGAGAGCUACGAGAGGCUGUAUGCGCUGCACGAAUCAUUGAUGCACGCGCUCGCCAAUCCCAGUCUGAGACUGCCAGCUGCAAAGAGCACCCUCGCCUCCUUUCGGCAUCUCGCGCAGCUCUCCCCGCCCUUCUCUACGCAGCAUACCCGCACAAAGCAUCAUCCUCAUCAGCUCGACUCCAACUCUCCUCAACGAAAUCUUCGGAUGCCCCUUCAAUCUCUCGAUCUGCAUUUUCUACGUGCCCGAUCCGCAUCGCUGGAUCGCGCUCUACAGACUGCGAGCAGCACGCGCUCUUGGGUCUCCAUCUGGCGCGAACAGACGCUAGAGACUCUUUCCCUUCAAACGUCCCUCUUUCCUCUUCAGCCUCAGCUCACUUCCUCUUACCUCUCGCACCAACUGGUCAAGCUGGUGCAACAUCUCGAAACACUACCAGAUAGAGCCAAAAGAUCCGUCAAAACCAGUGCUGAUGCUGCUUCCGGCUCUGGUUCGGGUGCCGGUGAUGUGCUGCAAGAAUCAUCAGCGUCAAAGGAUAAACAAGACACCAAGGACUUUGUCGCUAGUCUGGCCGCGCUACACACGCUCCUCGGCUUUGUGGAUGCAGGUCUUAAAAACUUUUCCGCCUCUCUUCCUCCUCGCGUUUCGGAGAUUCUGCAAAGCACAGCCACAUCUCUUUUCGAAGCUCAACUGUCAACGCCCGAUCAAGGUUUGGACUCUGCAGAAUCACAAACGUGGAUGCGAGAUCUCGAAGAGGUGUGCGCGCUCUCGAGCAUAGACAUGGCUAGCAUCUUUAGCGGACAGAAGGAAACAAAAGUGUCGAUCUUGUACGAACCUAUCAAACGUGCGCUGGAUACUUUGCGCAUCUUUGCGCCAAAGGAAUGUCGCAUCGCUCUUUCUGGAUGCCUGAGAAGACACCUGGAAAGGAGGCUGAAGGCGAGGUUAGAGCGCAUCGUCGAUUCUUCGAGCAGCUACGCAGUCGGACAGAUCUUCCCGCUCAAAUUGCAUGUCGAUCAGGAGGAAAGAUUGGACGUGACGAUGCUGGAGUCGCAAGAAGCGCAGGUCGGUCCUGAAGAGCUUACGGGAGAGCAAGAGCGAGAGAGAAGGCUGAGAGGCACAAAGGUCCUUUUGAGCUCCAGAUUGAGCGCGGAUUUGAUCCUUGUCGAUUGGUCCAUCAGAGCGCUACACCAAGACAUCUUUGGCCAGUCAGCUUCUUCAUCGACUUUUUCACGAGCCGCUGCGGCGGGCGACGAUGCGUUGGAAGAGAUUAUAGCGAGGAUAGAGGUAUGGAUCACAAAGACGCGUGAGGAAUGGAAGGAGGGGGAGCGAGGCUUGAGAGAAAGAGUGAGGGAGGAGAGAGGACGUAGAAUGAGGGAGGAGGAGAGAGUGCGCAAAGAGGAAGAGGAGAGGCUAAGACGAGAGGCGGAGGAGGAGAGGGCGCGCAAGGAGAUGGAAGAGGAGCGUAGACGGGAAGUCGAAGAGAAGAGACGCGAGGAGGCGGAAGAGAGAGCAAGGAGGGAGGAGGAAGAGAAAGCUGGACGCGAGCAAGAGGAGAAGCGUAGACGCGAGGCGGAGGAAAGGCUCCGAAGGGAGCAGGCAGAAAAGGCGCGAGAGGAAGAGAGAGCACGUCGUGAAGAGAAAGAGAAGAUCCAAAGAGAGGAGGAGAAGGAGGAGAAGGAGCGAAAAGAAGCGGAGCAGAGAGUGCAGCGCGAAGAGGAGGAGAGGAUCAAAAGAGCAGAGGAGGAAGAGAAGGCAAGAAAAGAAGAGCAGUACGAAGCUCGGCGCGAAGAGGAAGAGAGGAUGAAGAGGGAAGAAGGAGAAGAGAAGAGGCUGCGAGAAACAGCAGAGAAGAUGAAGAAGGAGCAAGAAGAGGAUGCCGAGCGAGAGCGCGAGCGCGAACGGGAGCGCGCACAUGCGCAGGCCGAAGCGCAAGAAGACCGAAAAUUCAAGUCUGAAAGGGCGCUCGGAGAAGGGGAGGAAGUGGAACGUGCUGCGGAAGAGGCCAGACGGGAGCAAGGCGGGGAAGAUGCCAAGGGAGCGAGUGAAGUAGGGGCAGACCCUACUGGCGCGCAGAGACGGGCCAAGGACGAGCGUGGAGCACAUGAAGAGGCAGGGAAAGCGGUCCAGGAAUCGCAAAAAAGCUCGAAUUUGCAAGAAAAUGAUGCUUCGAUCGAGACUUUGCCAUUGUCGAGCAUUGCAUCGACUGGACAGAACAGCGCGCAGGAGGAUAGUGCCAAGCCUUCUGCAAAUCUUCGACUGGACAAGACGGAUUCUUUGCCGGAUAGCAUCGAUGCGACGCAAGAAGGUGCUGCAUCGGAGCCCAAGCCCGACUUGACAAAUGCAGAGAUCUCAGCAGCGGCGCGUGUCGAGCCCCAAGCGAAAGGAGUCGAAGAAGAGCUGAAGAUUCGAGAAAGCACAGUAGAAUCUGUUCAGACGAACCUUGCUGAAGAAAUGACUGCCAGCUCCGAUCCCGAUCCCCAUCCCCAUCCCGCUUCCACUUCCACCUCCAUCCCGUCUGCGUCCGAGCACGUGUCCGUCCAGCCACAAGCUACAUCCAGCAUGAGCACAUCGCCCAGCACCAACGCAAACGCAAAUGCGACUGCGAGUGCGGCCUCACGAAGACCUACCCUGGCAGAGAAGCUCAAGAUGAGGCAGGAGGAGAGGGAGAGAAAAAAGGGGGCAAGCUAG